CGCUGAGCCCGGAGAGCACGAAGGGUAGGCUUCAGGGGGUCAGAGUGACAAGAGUGGCCGGGAAAAGGUGGACCGGAUGACAACCAGAACCUCUGAGGCCUCGGGGCUGUCGGUGCCGCUGCACCGCUGUCACGGGGUUCUCCAGGCCAAUAACGGCACCUGCGUGGAGCAGCUCAGCAUCUUUCCGCCGUUCUCCUCCACCCUCGCGCUCCUCGUGCUGGUGGCCGUGCUCGUGGGGAUCGUCCUCGUUUCCCUGGCAACGUUCCACUUCCACAAGAGGAAGCUCCGGAACAGGAAGAUCCAGCGCGCGCAGGAGGAAUACGAGCGCGACCGUCGCAGCCCCGCGCGCGCCGGGGCGAGCGGGGAGCCUGUGAGGCCGUGCGUCAUCGUCCGGCCGGUGAGAUGCGGGGAGAAGCUGUCGUGCGGGGACGCCACCGAAGCGGCGGGGGACAACCAGGCGCUGCACGAGACAGUUCCCCUUGACUGUUAA